AUGUCGUUGGUUCCGUUGCCGCUUUGGCUCAAGCCUGAUUUCGCCACCGCUUGGCACGCGCACCUGGCAGCCAUCCGCACUCUCGCGGCGAUGGGCCCUCGGCGCUGCUCUGGCUUUGCGACCGACGACGGGAUCGUCAUCGAGUGCUGCUUCAAUCCGUGGGAGAAGGGCAAGCGCGCGCAGGGCAAGUUCGAGGGGAAGUGUCAGUGGUGCUCUCCCAUUCGCAUGGCAACCAUCUGCGCGACGCCGCAGCAGUCCAAGCUGACCGCGCACAGCCUGGCGAACCUGCACGAGCUUGACAUCGGCAUCUACGACAUGGCCGUGGAGCGGCUGAAGAUGCACGAGAGGGGCGAUCAGCUCAUUGCCCGCGCUGUCGGCAUAAUCUCGGAGCGCUCGCAGGUGGGCGUGCCGCCACCGCCGCCAAUCGAGGGUGACCAGGGCAACGUGGUCUCGCAGGCCGCCGAGGAGGAGAUUCCUGCUGCCAUGGAGCCCGACGAGGAAGCAGCCGCAGCAGGGCCACCAGCUGCAGCGGAGCCGCCGCCAGUACUCGCGGAAGGCGAAGGCGCGGCCGCAGGGCGCAGACGCCAUCGCCUGUGCGAGGGGUACAGCCUGGCGCGCGCCAUGGGCCGCAGGCUCCGCAGCAAGGAGGACGAGGGCGUCUGCUUGUUCUCCCGAGAGCAUCCUGGACAGCGUGCUCGAGCCCUCGACGGGAAGUGCCUCUGGUGCACGCCUGCUCGCAUGAAGGAGGCGGCAAGCAAUCCCGCCAAGAAGAAGGAGGCCAUGACCGACCUGAAGAAGUUCGAAGCUCGUAACCCUGCGCUGAAGCAGAAGGCGCUGGGGCGGCUGCGCAGGCACCUCACCGCGCAGGAAUAUAAGGUCAUCGUCACGCCGCACAACUGCUGCCGCGGCGCAGGGGAUGCCAUGUGCCCCUUCAGCACGGCGAACCCAGGGCAGCCCGCGUACGUGAAGAAGGCAGACAAGCACCUGUGCAGUUGGUGCGACCCGCCGAGGCUGCGCGGCAUGCAGGGCGUGAAGCGCAACGGCUUGCUGACGCAGCUGAAGGUAUUCCGCGAGAAGGAUGAGGCCGUAUUUGCCAAGGCCGAGGCAAUCCUGAAGGAGGUCUUCGGGGACAACUACCUCGCACAGCUAAAGAAGAAGACUGUCCGGCAGAACCAGCAGGCGGCAAAAGCUCGAAGGCGCACUGGCAAGACGAACUGGCCCACGAAGCUGGCAAAACGGCGGCUGGUGAUGGAGAGCCCGACGGUCGACGAGGAAGCUCGCAAGAAGUUCCGCAAGCUAACCCUGGCGGACUUGAAGAAGGUCGAGAACUCGUUCUACAAGGACAAAGCCGAACGAAAGUUGCGCGGUCGCGCCGACGAGGUCCCAAAGAGCAAGGACUUGGAACCGCCGAUUGGCGAAGCAGGCUUCAGUGAUCUGUCGAAGGGGCUGCGGUCCUGGGCCGCCAAAGGCUCUUGGGGCAUUUGCAAGGAGUGCCAUGUCCUGCAGCCGCGGCCCAUGCACGAGAUCGAUAUGUUCCUGGAUGCCAGCGAGGAGAUCUCGAAGAGCGCCUGUCGCCGCUGCAACGCCUCUCGCGAGAUGUACGUCCCGCUGCCUGAUGACGUACCAGGGCCACUCCGCGGCCUGUCAGAGGACAUCGUCGAAGCCCUCCGGCCCAUCGAGAUCGACGUCGGCCCCGAGACGCGCUCCACCGACACGUUCGGCCGCCCGAACGGCUACCGCAAGAAGGUGAAGAUGAUCACGUUCUAUUUCUCGAAGUGGCACGUCAAGGACAAGAUCAAGGAGCUGGACGAUGACGCGUGGCGGACGGCGAAGAAGGCUUACAAGUACCUGCUGUCUUGCGAAGAGUCCUCGUACAAGCGGUUCCACGACAUGCACGAGAAGUUCCUCCGCAUGCAUGGCGAGGACGCUGCCGACAGGAAGCGCAAGCGCCCAUAUCAUUUCCUGCAGGAGGUCGGGCUGGAGUGCGCUCUCUGGCCAAACCUGUACUGGUGCACCGAGAUGACGGAGACGCACGAGCAGUGGUCCGACGCGAGGCAAGAGUACGGCUACGACUCGGACGCCGAGGAGGACGAGGGCGGCGACGGCGGUGGCCAGCGCACCAGCGUCAAGCGGUCGUUCAUGACCAAGUGCCUCUCGCCGCUGCUUGGGUACGGAUCCAACUUCGAGCUGCUCCAGUUCGUGUACGACCUGAACCUCUGGGCGACGCUCGGUGCGAAGAAGAACCUGGGACUCGACAACGUGCCGAUGCGGAUGCUCAUGAAGGGCCAUACCUUCUCACCGCUCUACUGGAAGGAGGUGCACAACGCCCUUGUCGACCUCGUGCGCCAGGUGGGCUUCCCGAAGCUGUUCUUCACCAUUGCGCCGUGGGAGCCGUGCUUCAAGUACCACGACUGGCUGCGCGAUGAGAUGGAGAAGACACUGCGGACCCGCAUGUACCUCCCCGUGGGGGAGACGCUGCACAUGUCGCAUGUGCUCAUGCAGAUCGUCCGAGGCAUGCUGGCGGGCAAUAACAACCAGAAGAUGGACCGCAGCGGCCGCAGCUGGACAAAGCACGUGUUCGCCGCGACAGACGCCGACGGCAAACAGGUUCGCGUCCAGACGUUCACGCGGCUGGAGUUCCAGGACGGCAGCCGCAAGGAGGGCACGAAGCGCUACGACGGCUCUGGCCGACCGCACCUGCUCGUCCUCUUCUUCGCGGACGACGACGCCAUGUCGAACAUGGGAUUGGAGCAUCACCUCUUUGCGACCAAGCCCCACGGCUUCUCGGACGACCUGAAGGGCUAUGUGGACGGAUCGCAGCUCAACAAGCACGGCGACGCAGAGAGCAAGUGGCCGAUCUACCACGGCCCGUCGGGGGUGCACGGCGACGAUGGUGUCCUCCAGCUGAAGCACACCGAGGAGGAUCACGACGCGGGCCUCCGAGCGUACUGCGCUGACGUAAUGGACGGGCUCCCGUGCCAUCAGGACUGGCAGACCAGCGACGGGGAGGCCAUGCUCCUGCAAUACGUGUCCAAGUAUGUGGCGAAGUUCUCGGACAGCAGCUACGACGAGUGGAUGAGCGACAAGGCCUCCGCGGACAGCGUGGCCAGGCGCGUCUGCUUCGAGUACCACCCCUACGAGCCAGAGAUGAUCCUGCAGCUGUGUGGAGCGCAAUUCAGACAGUACGACAUCUCUACGGUCAGCGGCGGCUUCCGCACCGUGACGGCGCCUUACUCGGGCAUGGCGGAUGUGCCCGACUGGGUCCAGAGGUAUGCUGACUGCUCGUGGCGCCACGAGGGCAUGACGCUCCUGGAGUGGCUUCGGAAGACUACUGACGACGGCGCCAUCGCUGGAUGGCUGAAGCGCAAGCACAAGCAGGAGCUGGUGCUGGCCCUGCACAGGCGGUACCGCGCGACCGUGCCCGAGGGCGAGGAGCCCCAGGCGCUCGACGCUCACUGGCGCUUCCUGCGCGCUGAGUACAAAGGCAUGACCGAUGCUGAUGGCGGAGGUAGCGGGAACAGUGACGAAGACUCCGACGCCGAAGACGAGGAGCAGCCGAAGACCUUCGAGGAGUUCCUCGCGAAGAAGCACAGAGACGAAAAGAGCGAGGGCGAGGACGACUUUCCGAGCCUCAAGGAGUUCGCGCGAGCCUACCGCAUGCAGGGCGAGAAGGUGGUCAGCGUCGACACGGUGUACGAGCUCAACGACCGCUACUACGGCCAGUGGGCUGCAAUGAACGUGCCGUUCCGGUCGCUCGGCGAGCUCGAGUUCGAGGAUGUCAAUCGCCUGGUUCCGCAGAAAUACAAGUAUCUCGCGGCGGCGCUGCGACUGUGCUCCGACCAGGGCCGCGUCGCUGAAGAGCACCAUGACUUGUUCACCGAUGGCAGGCGGCUCGUGGACUACAUGAGCGCUUCCGCGAAGUCCAGCAAGUUCACCGAGGCUGUGCAUCACAUGAUCGUGGGGCAGCGGAAGCUCAUCAACAUGUACCUGACGGGCAUCAUCGACAAGGCCGACGAGAAGGCCGCGGCCGACGCCGAGGCCGCGGUCAUCGCCAACCGCAGGCCAGCGCGCGGCGAGGGCCAGGAGGAGGUCGACUUCAACCCGAAGCAGUUGCAGCUGGAGGAGGCGAUCAACGAGCGCGUGGACCGUGCCGUGCGGGCGGAGCUGUCGGAGGACUGGGAGGAGGCGGACGAGGCGCGCGAGGAAGCCUACAAGAAGAACACGCCCGUCAUCUGCCUUGGGAAGCCUGGGACGGGGAAAACGACCGUGGUGAAGUCUUGCAUUCGCCGCGCCCAGGAGCAAGGCGCGCGCGUGCUCUUCGCCCUCCCGACGGCGCAGCUGUCCAGCCGCAUGAAGCAAGCACUGCAAGGCCUGGACGGCCUAACAAUCGAUACGUGCCACGCCGCAUUCAAGUUGCAUGAGCCCAUCUCGGAGAGUCUUCACAGGAUGACGGACUUCGACUUGGUAGUGGUGGACGAGGUAUCGCUUCUGAGCUGCGACAGUUUCGAGCGCAUCCUGAAGCUGUGGAGCGUCGCUGGGAAAGUCCCCGCGCUGGUCUUCCUCGGGGACAAGUACCAGCUCCCGGGGGUCGAGCCGACACGUCCGUGGGAGAGUGCCGCAUGGAAGCAGCCGCGCUGCUUCCACGUGAAGCUCACCGAGACCUGGCGGUGCAAGGAGGAGCGCUUCCAGGAGAUCCUGGACGAGCUUCGGACAGACAAGCCUUCGAAGGAGACGUUCCGCAAGAUUGUGCGCGAUCACAAGGCGUGGAAGAGCAGAGGCGAUCCCACGCCCGCCGAAAUGAAGAAGCUCUUCGAGAAGCACCCAGACACGCGGAUCGUCACCUGCACGCGCAGGGGCGCCGCGGCCGUGAACGAGGCGGCAGUCGCUGCGCUGUACGGCCGCAAGACCCCGCUGGCCACGCUGGACGGGGGCGUGGAACUGAACCCCGAGAACUACCUGGAUGGCAAGCUCCGCACGGACCGCAGGCUGGUUCCAAGCAAAGUGCCGAUCUAUAAGGGGAUGAAGUUGUACCUGACGAAGAACAAGAACAAGGAAGCUGACGAGGUCAACGGCAUGCUGUGCGAGGUGGAGAACUACCACGCCGAGGAAGACAUGCUGCGCGUGAUGACGAAGACUGGCCAUCGUCUGGCCAUCACUCGCUGGACCGAUCGCGAGAAGGGCAACGCGGUCUACUUUCCAAUCCGCCUCGGGUACGCCAGCACCAUCGACAAAGUGCAAGGCGACGAGUUCCCCCACAUCACUAUAUACCUGGACGGAUGGCCUCGGCCAGCAGCGGGGUAUACAGCGCUCAGCCGUGUCGCGACGUCGGACGACUACCUGAUUGGCGGCUACGUGGAGCGCGACAACUUCAUACCC